AAACUCCUCCUACUCCUGGUCUAAAUCUGGAUCAAGUGACGUCAGAAGGGAGAACGUGAUUUUUUUGGAAGGAUGUUCAUCGAUGCUACUUACUAGAAGGAUAUUUGCUUUCGUGUAACACGUUACUGUAGCUUCACAAUUUGAGAUUUUGUUUCUUUACUUCUUCCCAAUUAACUUAAUCUAGUUUGAAGGACGGGGACAACUUUUCUGACAGGAUUCUUUGUAUAUAAAGGAAGUAAAGAAACAGGUUAGAGAGAAUCGACUGUCAAAUGCAACCUUGAUGACAUUGCGUGAUCAGGUAAAAAUGGAUCCUUGACGUUUUCUAGAAGAUCCAUCCAAAGGCUACAAUGAUCGAUGAUCUCCUCUUUGCCUGUGUCAUUAUAUUUCUUUUAUUCUCGCAAAUUAAGUUGGACAAGGAUGGAAAAUAUCCUUUACUGAACGCUAUACCUGAUACGAACUUUACUUGCGGUCAUCGAUCACCCGGUUAUUACGGAGAUCCUCAUCCUCUAGCGCAAUGCCAAGUGUAUCACAUGUGCAUGGGAGGACGCCAUUUUGCCUAUCUUUGUCCCAAUCACACACUCUUUCAUCAGGAUCGACUCGUCUGCGAUCAUUGGUAUCACGUGAACUGUACAGAUAUGGAGAGGAGAUACAGAAUCAACGAAGAACUGUUUUCUAAAAAAUCCUCUCGGACAUCCAACAAGACGUCGAUCAUUUUCUCCGGAAAAAAUAAACAUAAAUCGAAAUGUAACGGAUGUCUCAAGUACUAUUUUCGAGAUAAACAGUUGUGUGUCCCGUGUGUCAGACCUCGAUGAUAUGAAAACUGUCUUUCCAAUUUUUUCUAAGACUCAAAUUCGGGUCCACGAUCGAGUCCAGAAUUAAAACAAUUUGUCAAUGGGUGAAAUCCCUCGAAACAAAGAAUGGGUAUUUUACUUUUGGACGAUUUGAUGACCUGAUUGGUACCAUAAAGAAACAAUUUAUGUAAGAAAAUACUUCAUCGAAUGUGCUUUAUUAAAAUUAUAAAA